AUGGAGUAUAAACAAUGCAAUGGAGAUCAAACUGUUUUCUAUAAACAUUCCAAGCAACAGAUUACUAUUCUUGCAGUAUAUGUGGAUGACAUCAUAAUAACGGGAGACAAUGAAGAGGAGAUUGGAAGACUAAAGAAAUGCCUAGGCAAAGCAUUUGAAGUUAAGGAUCUUGGUCAGCUAAAAUAUUUCCUGGGUAUCGAAGUUGCAAGAUCAAAGAGGGGAAUAGCCCUGUCUCAGCGGAAGUAUACCUUAGAGCUCCUAAGUGAUAUGGGAAUGCUUGGAUGUAGAGCAGCCCCAACUCCCAUUGAACAAAAUCACAAAUUGACAGCACAGAUGGGUGAACAAGUUAACAAAGCAAAAUAUCAACAAUUGGUUGGCAAACUUCUGUACUUGUGUCACACUAGACCAGAUAUUACAUAUGCAGUAAGUGUAGUAAGUAGAUAUAUGCAUGACCCCAGAAGUGGACACCUUGAUGCAGUCUAUAGAAUCAUGAGGUAUCUAAAGGGCAGCCCUGGUAUGGGACUCUGGUUCAAGAGUAAUGGCCAUUUGAAUGUUGACGGUUAUAGCGAUGCUGAUUGGGCUAGCUGUCUUGAUGAUAGACGAUCAACCUCUGGCUAUUGUGUGUUUGUUGGUGGAAAUUUGGUAUCAUGGAGAAGCAAAAAACAACCGGUGGUGUCAAAAUCAACUGCAGAAGCUGAGUAUAGGGCAAUGUCUCAAGGGCUGAGUGAGAUGUUAUGGGUAAGAGGCCUUCUGCUUGAGCUGAAAGUGCUCAGACAAGAUCCUCUGAAUGUGUGGUGUGACAACAAAUCUGCAAUCAGCAUUGCUAAAAAUCCAGUGCAACAUGACAGAACAAAACAUGUGGAGAUAGACAGAUUCUUUAUCAAAGAGAAACUGGAUGCAGGAAUCAUCAAGAUAACUCAUGUGAGCUCUGGACAACAAGUCGCCGAUUGUUUGACAAAAGGUUUGGGAACCAGGGAGAACAAUCUUGCUUGUGACAAGAUGGGCAUGAUAGAUAUCUAUCAUCCCUCUUGA